AUGGAGCCGCGCUGGCAGCUCCAGUUCCGGGUGAUCAUGUUGGGGGACUCCACGGUGGGGAAAUCCUCCCUGCUGCGGCGUUACACCGAGGGCGUCUUCCUGGACGCCGCCAACCAGACAGUGGGGGUGGAUUUCUACGUGCAGUCGGUGGAGCUGGAGCCGGGGCUGCGCGUGAAGCUGCAGUUCUGGGACACGGCCGGCCAGGAGAGGUUCAGGUCUGUGACUCGCUCCUACUACCGCAACUCAGCCGGGGGGAUGCUGCUCUUCGACCUCACCAACCGCUCGUCCUUCGAGAGCGUCCGGCGCUGGCACCGGGACGUGACGGACGCGCUUCAGCCCCUGGGCAUCGUGUUCCUGCUGGUGGGGCACAAGAGCGACCUGAGGGAGCAGCGGCGGGUGGGCAGGAGGGAGGCCGAGAGGCUGGCGGCCUCCCUGGGGGUACAGUACGUCGAGACCUCGGCCAAAGACGCCAGCAACGUGGCCCAGGCCUUCCACACGCUGACCUUGGGCAUCUACCGGGCGCUGCAGGCGGGGCGGCUGGUGCCCAGCGAGGCCUGGGACGGGGUGAAGAGCAGCAUCCCGCUGCCCACGCCAGCCAAGGGGCCUGAGAAGGAAGAGAAGAGGAAGAAAUGCUCGUGCUAG